CUGACCGCAAAGUGUCUACUGUUUAAGAGAAAGGGACUUCUCCCUCCCUCUCUCUCUUUCACUGGUUCUCUCUGGCUGCAGCGCCAGCAGGCUCCCUGCCUCCGUGGAUCACUGAGAGGGGGAAAAAAAAGAAAGAGAGAGAGAGAGAGAGAGAGAGAGAGAGAGAGAGAGAAAUGACACAACUUGCAUCUCUCUAGGGAAAAUAAGACAGCACACAGAAAAAAAGUCACAAAAAGAAGCUUUGCAGACAUUUGCAGAAGUUUUUUUGAAUAUUUCACUGAGUGACAAAUAGUAAAUAACGAAGAGCAUCAUUUCAGACACUAAGUUCUAAAGCUCCAUCCAAAACAGAAAAGUACCUUACACUACUCUUGAUUGAAUCAAGUGUCAGUGUGUGUCAUCAUGGGGAUGCGAGGCCUGCUUCUGGCCUGUGUCACCAUGGCCAUUCUUUUGGAUCUCUCCAUGGCUGGCCUGCUGAGGAAAGUGAUCAGGCACAGACGAGAGUCACUGACGCCACCCAAAUCUGAGAACAUGACCCUACCUAAUCCAGACCAACCAGUGGUCUUCAACCAUGUAUACAACAUCAAUGUCCCAACUGGAUCCUUGUGUUCUGUGGACCUCGAUUCGCCUGGAAGAUCGGAAAUAAAGCCCAAGUCUGUCCCCUCUGAGCAGCAUAUUGAGCACACUGUGGAUGGAGAAAACCAGAUAGUCUUCACUCACAGAAUUAACAUACCUAAGCAGGCUUGUGGGUGUGAUAACCACAUGCCAGACAUUAAAGAUCUCCUAAACAGGCUGGAGAUGCUGGAGGCUGAAGUGUCUAGUCUGAGGGAGCAGUGUACCAGUGGGGCUGGCUGUUGUGGAGCUCAAGUUACAGGUGAGGUCACUACCAAACCAUAUUGCAAUGGUCAUGGCAACUACAGUAUCGAAACCUGUAGCUGUGUGUGUGAGCCUGGCUGGAAAGGUCUCAACUGCUCAGAGGCAGAAUGCCCUGGUUUCUGCCAAGAUCAAGGCCACUGUGUGGAUGGGAAGUGCAUUUGUUUUGAGGGCUUUGGGGGAGAGGACUGCGGAAUUGAGCUGUGUCCUGUGGAUUGUGGUGAAUAUGGCCAGUGCAUUGAUGGGGCUUGCAUAUGUGCAGAAGGUUACAUGGGUGAGGACUGCUCCAUGACUAAUUGCUUAAACAAUUGCCUGGGUAGAGGACGCUGUGUGGAUGAUGAGUGCUUGUGCAAUGAGCCAUGGACGGGCUUUGACUGUUCAGAGCUUAUAUGUCCCAAUGACUGCUUUGACCGUGGUCGUUGCAUCAAUGGGACCUGCUACUGUGAUGAUGGGUUCACUGGGGAGGACUGUGGUGAGCUCACUUGCCCAGAUAACUGCAACAAUAAAGGCCUCUGUGUUAAUGGUCAGUGUGUCUGCAAUUUCGGCUAUAGCGGAGAAGACUGCUCCAAGCUUACAUGUCCAAAUGGCUGCAGCGAGAAAGGCCACUGCUUCAAUGGGAGAUGUAUCUGUGAUCCUGGCUUCCAAGGUGAGGACUGUAGCAUCCUCUCCUGCCCAGACAAUUGCAAUGACAGGGGUAAAUGCGUAAAUGGGAAAUGCAUAUGUGAUCCUGGAUACCAAGGUGAUGAUUGCUCUGAGCUCUCCUGUCCCAAUGAUUGUCAUGACCAUGGACGUUGCAUUGAUGGAAAAUGCAUUUGCAAGCAAGGUUUUUCAGGAGAGGACUGUGGCAUCAAAACCUGCCCCAAUGACUGUCGUGACCAUGGUGUAUGUGUGGAUGGAAGUUGUGUCUGCCAUGUCGGCUUCACAGGUGAAGAUUGCAGUGAGCUGACAUGUCUUAACAACUGUCACAACCGAGGACACUGUGUGGAUGGUGAGUGUUUGUGCAGUGAAGGGUUUUCUGGGGAGGACUGCAGUGAAAAAACAUGUCCCAACAACUGCCUGGAUCGUGGGUAUUGUGACAAUGGACAGUGUAUCUGCGAUGAGGGUUACACUGGUGUCGACUGCUCAGAGAUGACCUGCCCAGAAAACUGCAAUAACCGAGGCAGCUGCUUGAAUGGCAUGUGUAUCUGUGACUUGGGAUUCACAGGGGAAGACUGCUCUGAAAGUAAGUCAGUUUAUGAUUUUAUUUUAUUUUUGCAAAUGCAACAUUACAUUGAAUACAUAGUCCAGAAACAUGUCAUUAUGUCUUCUGUAUUCACAGUCUCCCCACCAAGGGACCUAGUUGUAACUGAAGUCACCCCAGAGACAGUGAACCUGACCUGGGUCAAUGAGGUACAGGUGACAGAGUACCUAAUCACCUACAUGCCUACUGCUCCUGGAGGUCUGGAGUUAGAUAUGCGAGUACCUGGUGAAAAGAGGUCUGCUACUAUUAGGGAGCUGGAGCCUGGUGUGGAAUACUUAAUCAGUGUCUAUGCUGUCCUUAAUAACAAGAUGAGCAUUCCUGUGAGUGCCAGAGUGGCAACACAUCUUCCGGAGCCUGAAGGCCUUAAGUUUAAAGCUGUGAGAGAGACAUCAGUGGAAGUUCAAUGGGAUCCUCUUAAUAUCCCCUUUGAUGGUUGGAACCUCAUCUUCAGAAAUACAAAAGAGGAGAAUGGGGAGAUUUUGAAUUCAUUGUCUCCACCCGAGACUGCCUUCGAACAGUCUGGUCUUGGCCCUGGUCAGGAGUAUGAGGUUAAACUUGAGGUGUUAAAGAACAAUACUCGUGGACCUCCAGCAAGCAAGAAUGUGGUUACAAUGAUCGAUGCUCCUAGCCAGGUGGAUGUCCGGGAUGUAACAGACACUACUGCUUUGAUCACCUGGUUCCAGCCCAUAGCUCAGGUAGAUGGCAUCUCUCUGUCUUAUGGCCCUAUAACUGGCUCCUCAGACAGCCACAGAAUGGAAUUGUCAUCAGUCGACACCCAGUACCAUCUGGCUGAACUCUACCCAGACACAGAGUAUGGUGUGUCUCUCAUGGCCCACCGAGGGGAAAUGACCAGUGUGCCUGUCUAUGAGACCUUCACCACAGACCUAGAUGCACCUACAAACCUGCGGGUGAUAGAUCAGACAGACGAGAGCAUUACACUGGAAUGGAAAAACAGCCAAGCCAAUGUUCCCAGCUACCGCAUCAAAUAUGGACCACUGUCUGGAGGGGAACACGGGGAGCUUACUUUUCCAACAAACUCAGAAGAUAUCACUCAAGCCAAGAUUUCAGGUCUCAGGCCUGGGACAGAGUAUGGCAUGGGAGUGACGGCGAUCAAAGAUGAGAAGGAAAGUGCUCCUAGCACCACCAACGCUGUCACUGAUCUUGAUGCUCCUAAGGAUCUGGAGGUGAGUGAGACAUCAGAAAACACAAUGGUACUGAUCUGGAGGAGACCUGUAGCAAAGAUCGAUGUCUACAAGCUCGUAUUCGUGGCCGCUGAUGGCCACAGGGCCGAGUAUGAAGUCCCGGAGAGUGUCAGCACCUACAUGCUGAAGAACCUGAACCCCGGCAUGCUGUACACCAUCACCCUGACUGCAGAACGAGGGAGGAAAAAGAGCGCGCCAACCAGCAUUCAGGCAUCUACAGACAAUGAAAAGCCCCUGGUGGGCAACAUCACUAUCUCUGCUGUAUCCUGGGAUGGCUUCAAUAUAUCCUGGGAGUUGAAGAGGGGCGACCUAGAUGGCUUUCUGAUCGAGGUGGCUGACCCUGAUGGUCUCUCCGAGGGCCAGAACCACACCCUGUCAGGACAGAAGUACAGCUUGGCUAUCACUGAUCUCUCUCCUAGCACUUUCUACAGGGUCACUCUAUACGGCAUGUAUAGGGGAGAUCUCUUAGAGCCAAUCUUUGGGGAGGCUCUCACAGAGGCAGAACCUGAGGUGGAGCAUCUUUUGGCCUCCAACAUCAAGCCGGAUGGUUUUAUGCUGCAGUGGACGGCUCCAGAAGGAAUCUUUGAAAUGUUUAUUAUCAAACUCUCUGAUGGAUCAGGCAAGCAAAGGCAGAUGAUUGUAUCAGGAGACAAGAGAACAGAAGUGAUCUCUGACCUCGAUGAGGCUACAGAGUAUGAAAUUGAGAUCUCUGGGGCAAUUCCAGGACGGAACUUCAAGCCCAUUUCAGGGAAAGCUCGAACAGGUCUCGGCAAACCAAAUGGUAUUCGCUUUUCUGAUGUCACCGAUACCUCUACCACCGUUCACUGGACUGUCCCCCAUUACCGCGUUGACAGCUACCAAGUCACCUAUGUGCCAAUUCAUGGAGACAGUCCCAUAACAGUCACAGUGGACGGAGGUGAGUCCCAGACUGUUCUGCCCAACCUGACACCUGGGGUGACCUACCGAGUGAGCGUCAUAUCAGUGAAGGGUGUGGAGGAGAGUGAGCCAGCCUCUGAUACAUUUACAACAGGUCUGGGCAAACCAAAAGGUAUUCACAUCUCGGAUAUCACUGAUACCUCUGCCACUGUUCACUGGACUGUCCCCCACUACCACAUCGACAGCUACCGAGUCAACUACGCUCCUGUUGAUGAAGACAGUCUCAUAAUACUCACAGUGGAUGGAGGUGAGUCCCAGACUGUUCUGCCCAACCUGACACCUGGGGUGACCUACCGAGUGAGCGUCGUAUCAGUGAAGGGUGCGGAGGAGAGUGAGCCAGCCUCUGAAACAUUUACAACAGGUCUGGGCAAACCAAAAGGUAUUCACAUCUCUGAUAUCACUGAUACCUCUGCCACUGUUCACUGGACUGUCCCCCACUACCACAUCGACAGCUACCGAGUCAACUACGCUCCUAUUGAUGAAGACGGUCACAUAACAGUCACAGUGGACGGAGGUGAGUCCCAGACUGUUCUGCCCAACCUGGCACCUGGGGUGACCUACCGAGUGAGCGUCGUAUCAGUGAAGGGUCCGGAGCAGAGUGAGCCAGCCUUUGAUACGUUUACAACAGGUCUGGGCAAACCAAAAGGUAUUCACAUCUCGGAUAUCACUGAUACCUCUGCCACUGUCCACUGGACUGUCCCCCACUACCACAUCGACAGCUACCGAGUCAACUACGCUCCUAUUGAUGAAGACGGUCACAUAACAGUCACAGUGGACGGAGGUGAAUCCCAGACUGUUCUUCCCAACCUGACACCUGGGGUGACCUACAGAGUGAGCGUCAUAUCAGUGAAGGGUCCGGAGCAGAGUGAGCCAGCCUCUGAUAUAUUUACAACAGCUCUGGGCAAACCAAAAGGUAUUCGCAUCUCUGAUAUCACCGAUACCUCCGCCACCGUUCACUGGACUGUCCCCCACUACCACGUCGACAGCUACAGAGUCACCUACGUACCCGUUCACGGAGACAGUCCCAUAACAGUCACAGUGGACGGAGGUGAGUCCCAGACUGUUCUGCCCAACCUGACACCUGGGGUGACCUACCAAGUGAGCGUCGUAUCAGUGAAGGGUGCGGAGGAGAGUGAGCCAGCCUCUGAUACAUUUACAACAGUUCUGGGCAAGCCAACGGGUAUUCGGUUCUCUGAUGUGACUGAUACCUCUGCCACUGUCCACUGGACUAUCCCUCGUUACCGCGUCGACAGUUACCGGGUCACCUACGUGCCCAUUCUUGGAGGAAAACCGAUGUCAAUCAUCGUGGACGGAGGUGAGUCCCAGACUGUUCUGCCCAACCUGACGCCUGGGGUGACCUACGGAGUGAUCGUGAUAUCAGUGAAGGGUGUGGAGGAGAGUGAGCCAGCCUCUGAUACAGUCACAACAGCUUUGGAUAAGCCUCAUGGUUUGGUGGCAGUCAACGUCACGGAUACCAAGGCGCUGUUGCACUGGCAGCCUACCAUUGCCACAGUGGAUGGAUAUGUGAUCGCCUACAGCACAGAAACAACACCCCCAAUAACAGAACGAGUUUCUGGAAAUACUGUGGAGUUUGAGAUGACCUCGCUCUACCCUGGCACUGAGUACACUGUUAAAGUCUACGCAGUGAGGGAAUCAGCCAAGAGUGCUGCUACGAGCACGCAGUUUACUACUGAUGUUGAUUCCCCUAAGGACCUGGAAGCCAGUAAUAUCCAGACAGAGAGCACCAUGCUGACAUGGAAGGCACCACGAGCACAAAUCACUGGCUACAUCCUCACCUAUGAGUCUGCUGAUGGUUCAGUCCGGGAGGUUGUCCUCAGCCCCACAUCUACAUCAUACAACAUGAAUCAGCUAACCGCCUCCACUGAGUACACAGUUCGCCUGCAGGCCAUCUCUGGCCCCCUGAGGAGCCACAUCAUCUCCACUGUUUUUACCACCAUCGGAGUUCUCUACAGACACCCGAAAGACUGCUCCCAAGCUCUGCUGAAUGGAGACACCACCUCAGGACUUCACACAAUUUACCUGCGUGGUGAAGAGAGCCAGCCCUUGCAGGUCUACUGUGACAUGACUACCGACGGAGGCGGCUGGAUUGUGUUUGUCAGGAGGCAGAGUGGUAAAGUGGACUUCUUCCGUAACUGGAGGAACUACACUGGAGGAUUCGGGGACAUGAAUGACGAAUUCUGGCUCGGUCUCUUGAAUCUGCAUAAGAUCACCUCCUUUGGUCAAUAUGAGUUGCGAGUGGAUCUCAGAGAUAACGGCGAGCAUGCAUAUGCUCAGUAUGACAAGUUCUCAGUGUCUGAGCCACGCAGCCGUUAUAAGGUGCAUGUGGGAGGCUACAGCGGUACAGCAGGUGAUUCAAUGACAUACCACAACGGCCGUCCUUUCUCGACUUAUGACCACGAUAAUGACAUUGCUGUCACCAACUGUGCCCUCUCAUACAAGGGAGCUUUCUGGUAUAAGAACUGCCACCGGGUCAACAUCAUGGGACGAUACGGGGACAACAGUCACAGCAAAGGUGUGAACUGGUUCCACUGGAAGGGUCAUGAGCACUCCAUUGAGUUUGCGGAGAUGAAGAUCAGACCAUCCAACUUCAGAAACUUUGAGGGAAGAAGAAAACGAUCGUAAAAUCAUCAUAAAAAAAAACCACACCCUACUUUCUGCCAUUCUGCCCUUACUGCAUCAGUCCAACCUUUUCAGCUACCAAAGCAGAAGCUUAGCUGUAUUCCCCCCCCCCCAUCACUCUUUCUCUUCCUCAUUUAAUAACCCUCGUUCCAGGCCAGAGCUCGCCAUUGAUCGCGGGCGGCGCCAGUAGCUUAAGUGCUGGUCCACAGCUUCACUCACACAGUCUAUACAUGAGUUGAUCUCUCUCUCUCUCUUUCUCUCUCUCUCUCUCUCUCACACACACACACACACACACACCAAAGACUGCAAUCUCGAGUCGCUGUCUAACAAAUCUUUCAGAAAGCACACUGAUGGGAGGGGUUGCUCUGGAAAGCUUUUCAAUUAGCAAAAUUAAAAUAUCUGUUUCUGUACCACAUCUGGCCAAGGUAAUUCAAGUAUGGUUUGUGUUCCAAGGGUAGAAUGUUUGUGUGUGUGUGUGUAGUCUUUAUUAGUGUUUGGUGCCUCUUCACUGUUUUAAGCACCUCAUGUUUUAUUGUCAUCCAUCCAGUGGAGAAGUUGAGACCCAUUUUGUGAAUAUUAGCCUCAGUGUGACGCAUUUUAUUUCAUCCCUGUCCUUCCACCAUCAUUCCAGCUGACCAGACAGGACGAAUGUUGGCAUAUAUCACGUUUCACUGCAGCAGAAAUACCAUACACAAGUCUCCAUUUUCAGACCUACUGACACUGCUCCAUCAUCGUCCAUGCACGGUGUGGUGGUGUGUGUGCGCGUUUUUCUUUUUAAACCGAUUGCAUGCUACAUUAAUUCGAAUGCUAAAUUAAUUCAAAUGGUGCUGAAUCUCUUCACGUGACCUGAAGUUCAUUUCACACUGGUGAUUUUGCAGUGUACUGCCAGUGGGACACACAACAAUUCCAUGUUUCAUUGGAUUUUUUUUUUAGCAACCGUGUCUGCUCAGAAGUAAAGGCAGGACCUAUGUCAGUACGUCACUGAUGUAAGCAAGUUCACCCAGACCGAUUAUGAGUAUGAUCAUGAACGAGAGCCAUAAGAUUAAUGUUGUGCAGCAGAUGAAUACUUAAGAAAGACCACAUCCAUUUUGUAAUCAACAUUGUACAUUUAUAUAAAAGGUAUUGUACACAAAAUGAAUUAAUAUACAGAGUGAGUCCUCUUGUACGCUCCCCCCACCUAUACCAACACCAACACCACCAUCCCUCCUUCCCUUCCUUUGACCCUUGACCCUGACACCUUUCCUGCUAUAGACUAAACCACUGACCCUCUAAAAUACCUGUGUAAAUUAAAGUCUCUUGUUUGGUAUUUGAAUAUGAUUUGUUUGUUCGUUUGUUUGUUUGUUUUUUUGUUUUUGUUAAUUGGGUGAACAACAGGUGUUUCUCUGUAACCCAUAUUACAAUAAAAUGGAUUUUGUUUUUAAAAAAAAAAA